GUAGAAUAUUGGACACACUUUUGCUAAAGACUCGAGGCAACCAAUGUGAGACCAGUCAUCGAUGUUUGUUUCGUCAAAAUAAGAAGUCAUAUCUUCAUCCUCAACUUUCUCCGCUUACUAGAAGAUUUAAUAAUGGAAUUGUACUUAAAGAUUACUUACCACAAUCUUCGUCUCUGAGUUCCUCAACGAAAUCCACAAUUGCUAAAACUAAUCCAUCUGCUAUUCCCGCGUACUCCCUUGAAAGCAAAGAUAGAAGUAACCUUACAAGUCUUCGUGUGUUUCGAGAAAACUUCUAUUACUUCUCGCACGGCAUGACCAAUGAAGCAGAAUCCACUGUCCUUGACAACGCAACCAAAUUACCUAAGCUUUCUGGCGUAUUGCUGGCCAUGCAAAAACAGAAUCCACUGUCUUCAUCUUUCUGGCGUAUUGCUGGCCAUGCAAAGGCAGAAUCCACUACCUUCGUAAUAACGUUGAAUACUGACGAAAACAAACCAAUGACACAUGAUAUGUCAAGUGAAUUAAUAUGGAAGUCACAUGAUGAUCAACAUUAUAUUAUUGUCGCGAAAAUCGCGUCUUUACCAAUAUGUCUAACAUGUCUAUCUUCGAAUGAUGAAAGGCUUGCAUGGGAUCACUAUACAAGCACCUUGGCAUUAUCUCAAGAUGCAGAUAUAGAAAUUAAAACCUUGGCCAAAAGGAGAAAAGAUGAAGCAAUGGAAUUACGAAAAGGACAGUUGGAAGAGUUUUGGUGGGAAGUUGAAGUUGUGACUGCUGAGAAAAUUUUUGUGGCCGAAUUGCGCUGUAUUCAGCUAAAGAAUCAAGUAGUUGACGCUAAAAGACAUCAUCUACAAUUUAAUUCAGUACCCGAUCAAGCGAACAAAACAUCCUCACUACUUAUCUCAGAUGAAGUAGCUAUAGACCAGCACAAACAAGAUGAUGCCGUAACACGUAAGAGAAAGUCGGAAACCCUUGAAGAGAAUGACUUUUACGACAAUUACGAAGAAAUUGUAGAUGAAAUACAAGAUAAUAUUCUUAUUGUGGACAACAUAAAUGUCCGCUUAAGAAUAGAAGAAUGGCGCAAAAAUUCUGAACAUAUUUAUGAAAUACAUAAGCAAGAUUUGUUACGUUACAAUAUAAUCGAUACGAUCAGUACUUCAGCAACAGGGGACAGAAAUAUUUUCGGUGAUAUUUGGAGUACAUUAAUUGAUGAUAUGGAAACUGUAACUUCAUAUUCCAUAACGAAUUGUGAUGAUGAGAUUAACAAUUACGGCAAUAAUGUUUUGAAAAAUGUGACUUCUAUUGAAAAACUGAAAUUUGCAAUUAAGUCAAAUCGGUCCAUUUUAAGGACAAAUGAUAAUUCUAAACGUUUGAAAAGACAAGUCCUAAAUAUAUUGAAGGUUUAUAGCAAAAUUGAUACCAUUAUAAAAUUGGGUGAUUUAAACCUUGAAUUUUCUGUUGUGGAAGUUUCAGGACCUCCAACUAAUCCAGAUCAUAGCCAUUAUGUUGGGGACCGCAAUAAGAUUGCAAAAAAUUUAAAGGUCAUUUUAAAUUACUGUUAUAAUACAUAUCGUGGGGAUUUUAAACAAUUUCGCAAAAUCAAAGUGUAUGGCUUACAAGUUUACCGUAAUUCUUUUUACAUAUACAGUUUAUCAUUACCAUACUCUGGUGUAUAUUACUUCAAGGAAGAAUUUGUGUUCGACUAUCCCAUCAUCACCUUACUUGCUUUUAACACUUUACCGAAAUUCUUAGGAAAUCUAUGGAGAUUACGUAAUAUCAUUUCUUCAUCUGCCAAAGAUAUCAUAUCUUAUAUAGCGAAUGAAGAAGAAUCUUAUGAUAAUGAACAUAAUACUGAUCCAAAUCUUGAAAAGCUAAUGCUAUUGGACAUAACACAAGAAAACAUUCUGUUGGAAUAG